AUGCUUGCUGUCAAGCGUGAAUCACCAGAAAUAGUCAGACUUCUUCUUCAGCAAGGUGUUGACAUCUUUUCUCAAGAUGUUUUUGGAUGGACCACAGAAGAAUAUGCUGCUAUUAGUGGUUUUAAUAUGUUUCCCAAUGAACCUGGCGUUGAUUUAGGGCCUACAUCAAACAAUGAAGUCUUAGAUUUUAAAACCAAGCAUGUCGUGAAACCAAAGUUAACAAAGCUCAUGAAGCCUUCUCAGCAGUCCGACAGGAACAUGGAAGCAAAGUGUGGCAUUUUGAGACCAGAGAGUACCACUUUCUCUGAGGACAAUAAUUCUGAUAGUAACAUUGAAGAUGUGGUUGAAACAUUUCCCAAACCAUCACCCUGGUUUGAGGGCAUCUGUCAGCCUGCCUUCCCAUCACCUGAGCCUGUUCCAAAACUUCUCAAGUCUGUAGCAGGCCUUGGUCCUGCAAAGCAGAGUGUUUCUGAGAGCCUUCCACAGAAGUAUGUGGGUCAUUUGCCUGGAACUGCUGGUCAAAGAGAAAAAAAGACAUUAAAUGAACAAAUAGAAGAGUCUCCUGAGAAAUAUCCUAAUGUGAAGCAGGCCGUUGAAGUGAAAGAUUCUGUUCCUAAUAAAGCAGUCAGAAUGAAGGAUGCACAGACAUCUAAUUCAGACUGGGAUUCGACUACUUUGAGCCUCAAUAGUGAGACUUGUCAAAGAGCCAGGCAUUUGAAAGUUGAUGAUCAGCGUCCGUUGGUGUCCCAACUGGUGACCAAAAGUCAGUCAGCACCCACAGAACUCGGACAGAAGACCGCAACAGAUAAAGAAAAGAUGAAAAAUGCAGCGAUGUUUCUGGUAGGGAAUUCCAUGCCCCAUCACCCGGGCCAGUCUCCGCUGCCAGAAAACAGGGAAAGCAAACAAGAUUUGUCAGGAGAACUAGACAUGGAAGAACAAGAAAAACUUCAUGGAAAUGAAAAUAACCAUUCACAGGUUGAAGAAGAAAAGAGGCACAAAAGUAGAGAAGUGGAAGUAUCAGACCACGUAUGCGAUGCUGCUGAUGAGAGUCAAUUGAUUCAGCAGAGAAAGAGUGGAGGAAAUAACAAGCAGGAGUUUCCUGCUAUGGAGAAUAAAGGUUCCGAUGGUAGCGAUCCUGGCAUGCCCAGGAAGGAGAUAGAGAAAAAGAAAAAUGACAAAUGGACACCAGAAGAAUGUGUGAUUGUACCAGUAUUUGAAAAGACCAAUUCACUGACUGAUGGGCUGCUGCACGUGAAGGAUGACAGCAUUUUAAGGAAAGUGUAUCAAGAUGACAGCAGGCCUGCAAGGGAAACAGCAUAUGAAAAGAAGAAGGUUUCUGAUAGUGGUAGAAAGGCAAAAGGUCUGUUGCGCAAAAGCCACAUGCAGGAUGAAAUUGCCAUGCCAAGAUUAGAAAUAGACACAGGGAAAAAUCAGAACCAGGAGAAAGAAAAGAAAUGUUUUGAGGGUACUGAAAUUGUAAAAGGAGAGAAUGAUUAUCCUCAAAAGGCAAUAAAAUUGAACAAGGAAAUGUUGACAAAGGCCAUAUUCCAGCAUCCUGGCCAGCUUACCAUUCCGGUAGCUGAAAAUACAAUGCUAAACCCUGAGCUGGAGAAUGCAAAGCGAAGCAAAGAAAGACUGGAAACAGAAGUGGAAUCCUACCACUCUAGACUGGCUGCUGCCAUACACAAUCGUGAUCAAGGUCAGAUAUCACAAAGAAACCUGUCACUUGCCUCCCAGAAAGCAAAAGACAAGACGUUACGCUUGCAGGACCCAAUGAAGUUCGAUAUGGCUAAGCUGAAAAGUGACAAUGAGAUGCUUUCCCAGGGACUUUCUAAAGUGGAAAGUCAAUUCAAUACGCUAAAAAUCAAGCUGCAUCAGAUGAGAGAUGAUCUCGGAGAAAAGACUUUGAUGUUAGAACCUGUCCAGAGAGACUUACUCCAAGCAGAGCAUCAAAAGCAGGAUACUGGACACAUGUAUCAGAUUGAACAAGGCAAAGUGAAGGAAUAUCUUGGAAAGCAGGAAUCCUUAGAGGAGAGGUUAUCUCAACUCCAGAGUGAAAACAUGUUGCUCCGACAGCAGCUGGAAAAUGCACAAAAUAGAGCUGACAGUAAAGAGAAGACAGUCAUUAGCAUCCAAGACCAGUUUCAGCAGAUCAUGAAAAAUCUUCGUGCUGAACAUGAGAAACAAGGUCUGAUGCUGGAGGAAAGAAACAAGGAUUUAAUCAACAAAUGUAGUUAUUUAGAAGAGAGUGUGUGUCAGUAUGAAAAUAAGAAAGCAGAAAGAAAAUUGUGA